AUGGCAGCAGCCGCCGCCGUGAAGUACAAAAUGCAAUACUACGGUCGUUGCGAAACCACAGCAGAAUACGACAACCAUCGUCGUCUACACCGUCUAAUAGUCGGUCUGGAUAUCGAAUGGCGGCCAAAUACCAUCAAGGGUCAGCAAAACCCGGUGGCUAUCCUCCAGAUUUUCGUCAGUAGACGCUGUUUAAUCUACCAAUUCCGAAAAAAUGUUAGGGUCCCUAAAGUAUUGAAAAAGCUUUUGAAAAACCCUGAUUACACAUUUGUUGGGGUUGGUAUUGAGCAUGAUAAGCAGAAGUUGUUUAGAGACCAUGGUUUGGAAGUUGGGAAAGUGAUGGAUUUACGCGAAAAAGCGGCGUAUGAGUUGACUGAUGUGGAGCUAAAGAAAGCUGGAAUGAAGAAACUGGGUGAGGUGAUUUUGGGUAAGGAAGUUGAUCAUGGGAAAGUGUUGGGGGUGAGAAUGAGUGAUUGGGAGGAGAAAUGUUUUGUCUAAUGAUCAAGUUCUGUAUGCCUGUCUUGAUGCUUAUUUUUCUUUUGCAAUUGGGAGGUAAUUGGAGUCAUGGUAUGAUUAGUUUAGUAGCAGCUGGCUAGCUAACUAGAUUGGGUUAUUAUGAACAUGUGUUCUUGAUCAUAGCUCCACUAGAAUUAUGUAGAUUACUUAGUUUGGUGUCUGUUUAGUUAGCUAAGUAUGUUUAGUUCUUCUUAUUGUACUUCUGAAUCUUUGUUUCUUAAUAUUAAGGCUCACUGGAAUCAGGUUGGUAUUCUUA